AUGUCGGACUCUAUCUCCAGCAGCAAACCAUACACGUGGACUGACGUCUCGGGUAACGUGUAUCGAUACUAUAGGCAUCCUAUGACUAAGGCGGUCUUGUUCGUUUUACUACAAGAGUUAUGUGAGCGUCUGGCCUUCUACGGCUUGAUGCCCAAUCUCCAGAUCUUCCUCAAGGAGUAUCUUGGGGUUGACGAUGCUGGUGCUAACUCCUACAUAUCGACAUUCAACGCUAUCUUGUAUGUGUUUCCCCUGCUAUCUGCUGUGAUAUCGGACACAAUACUCGGGCUUUAUCUCACUAUUCUGGCCUUCUCCUUUGUGUAUAUGGCGGGCUUGGCUCUCCUUACGCUCUCUACGAUACACUCGAUCAGUCAGCCUUGGAUGAUUCAUGUCUCGCUGUUGUUCCUUAUUGCUUUUGGUGCUGGUGGUAUCAAGAGUUGUGUGAACGUUAUGGGAGCCCAACAGUUCCAUCCUGAGGAGCAUAAAGAACUAAUUACGAGGUAUUACACCUACUUCUAUGCUUCUAUCAAUCUUGGUUCUAUUGUUGGUGGUAUUGUUACUCCGAUUUUGGUGGAGUCGGUCUCGUUUACUGCGAGUUUUUCCUUCCCUUUGGUUGCCUUUAUCAUUGCUACUAUCGUUUUUGUGGCUGGCAAUCUAAUGGGACGUUAUGUGAAGCCGAAGCCUCAAGGUUCGGCUGUUCUUGAAAUUCUCAAGGUCAUCUUUUUCUCUGUCACAAGAUGCUCUCUGGAAAAGAACAAGGAGUCUAACGGUGGUCGUUUCAAGGAUGGUUUCAUCGAGGAUGCAAAGGCGUUGUUUCGACUG